AUGGCGUCGUGGAAACCGGAAACCGAGGUUGAAUGUUUCAAUGUCAUUUUGAAUCGCAAUCCUUCAUACGGCUUUGGCAUUCUAAUUCGACGUGGUCUGUCCACACAGAGAAAAACAUUGCAAAAAAACGGACAAUUUCUGGAAUCCCGCUCUCACGUUCUCUAUGCGGAACCCGGACCAUGUGGAAUUCGGUGUGGUCUACUUCCAGGUGAUCGACUAUUGGCUGUGAACGGCCAAUCUGUCGAGGGAUUUGUUCGAAAUGAAGUGAUUCAGUUGAUUCGGUCAUCCGGCACACAAAUCACUGUCCAGGUGCAACCCAGUCCAGAACUUGUCGAGUUCUCACUACGCUACUUGGUCCCAUUCACGGCCGUUUCGCCAGCGCCUGAAGCCUAUCGCGUGUGCGUUCGUCAGCAUUUGGUUGAGAUCGGAAGUCUGCGCCAUUUAUCGGAAGAACUGUGCAAGGCAAGUGCAGUUGUUAUGCUGUUGCCCUAG